GUUUGCUAACGCACGUUACAUCAUUUGCUUAGUCAGAUUUCAUCGGUCGUGUUACGUCGUUUGCUCGUCUUCUCUCGCAUCAUGUCGAACAAGCGGCUACAGCAAACACAAGCUCAAGUGGACGAGGUUGUUGACAUUAUGAAACAGAACAUCGACAAAGUGCUGGAAAGGGACGAGAAGCUUCACGAACUCGACGACCGUGCUGAGCAGCUGCAGUAUGGCGCGGCUCAGUUUGAGACGAAUGCGACGAGAUUGAAGCGCAAGAUGUGGUGGCAGAACAUCAAGAUGUGGAUCAUUCUCAUCGUUGUAGUCUUGGCUGUGAUUGGCAUUAUUACGCUGAUUAUCGUCCUCAGCAAAUAGAGGAGAGGAAGGUGGCGGAGCUAGAAUAGCUGUAUAUACAUAGGAAUGUCUCUUGUGUGACUUUUGCUGCGUUGUUGCAUUUGAUGCAUGUUACUGUACAUCAUUGAGAAAUUGGUGUUAGUACGAAUACACGUUUUGAUUCAUUGCUGUACAA